AUGGAUUCAACUUUAACACCAAGAGACGAAAUAAUUGCUGAUUACACCAAACUAUUUAAUGAACGUGAUAAUAAUGCCGAUGUUGAAAUCACAAUAUCAGGCACUGAAAAUAAAAUUUUAGCUCACUCUUUAAUCCUUGAAACUAGGUCAAAUUACUUCAAACAAAGUCUUUCUGAAAAAUGGGCAAAAAAGAAUAAUGAAGGAAAAUUCAUAUUAAUAUUUUCCGAUAUCGAACAUGAUACAAUGGUUAUUAUAUUGAAAUAUCUUUAUUACGCAGAAAUUUAUGAUCAUGAAGAUUUUUAUGUUCUUUCAAAUGUUUUAGUCGCAUCUGAUAAAUUCAACAUGGAGACCCUCUCCAAUUGUGUUCAAGAAACAAUUGCUAAAAAAAUAUUGGUUUUUAUCAAAAAAAAUCUGUUCGAUCUUUUCGAAUUUAUUAUGAAAUAUCAAAUGUUUACUACCAUAGAUAAACAAUUCAUGCGUGAAAUUGCAAAGAACCCUUACCUUUUGUUCAAUUCUAAAGAUUUCGCCAGACUAGAAGAAGAAAUGUUGCAAAAAAUCUUAUUAUGUAAUGAACUAAUGAUUUCUGAAUUUAAAAUUUGUGAGUAUCUAAUCAAAUGGAGCAAUGUGGAAAAUAACGAAACUAAACUCAAAUCAUUAUCCAAAUUAAUUCGUUUUCAUCAAAUGAAAAAAGAUGAAUUUUUUGAUCUUUGGAAAAA